UCUGUGCUGAUUCUAGAGGAGCUGUAGAGCCAGGCCCUGUGUCCCAGGCCCAGAAACAGCAUGGGGACCUGUGCCAUUGUGAUGGAUGCCAACAUCUCAUCUGGCCUCGAGAGCAACACCACAGGCAUCACAGCCUUCUGCAUGCCCAGCUGGCAGCUGGCAUUAUGGGCCAUUGCCUAUCUGGGACUGGUGUUGGUGGCUGUGACAGGCAAUGCCACAGUCAUCUGGAUCAUCCUUGCCCAUCAGAGGAUGCGCACGGUCACCAACUACUUCAUCAUCAACCUGGCCCUGGCUGACCUCUGCAUGGCCACUUUCAAUGCUGUCUUCAACUUCAUCUAUGCCAGUCACAACAUCUGGUACUUUGGCCGUGCCUUCUGCUACUUCCAGAACCUCUUCCCUAUCACAGUCACAUUCGUCAGCAUCUACUCCAUGACAGCAAUAGCUGCUGACAGGUACAUGGCCAUCGUCCACCCCUUCCAGCCGCGGCUCUCAGCUCCCAGCACCAAGGCAGUUAUCGCCGGCAUCUGGCUGGUGGCCCUGGCUCUCGCCUUCCCCCAGUGCUUCUAUUCCACCAUCACGGUGGAUCAGGGUGCCACCAAGUGCGUGGUGGCCUGGCCUGAAGACAGAGGGGGCAAGACACUCCUUGUGUACCACCUUGUUGUGAUUGCCCUCAUCUACUUUCUGCCCCUCACGGUGAUGUUUGUCGCCUACAGCAUCAUUGGCCUCACGCUCUGGAGACGAGCUGUCCCCAGACACCAGGUGCAUGGUGCCAACCUGCGCCACCUGCGGGCUAAGAAGAAGUUUGUGAAGACCAUGGUGCUGGUAGUCGUGACAUUUGCUGUCUGCUGGCUGCCCUACCACCUCUACUUCAUCCUGGGCAGCUUUCAGGAGGAUGUCUACUACCACAAGUUCAUCCAGCAGGUCUACCUGGCACUCUUCUGGCUGGCCAUGAGCUCCACCAUGUACAAUCCCAUCAUCUACUGCUGUCUAAACCACAGGUUUCGCUCUGGAUUCCGGCUUGCUUUCCGUUGCUGCCCAUGGGUCACACCAACCCAAGAAGAUAAACUGGAGCUGACUCACACCCCAUCCCUCUCCAUGAGAGUCAACAGAUGUCAUACAAAAGAGACUUUAUUCAUGGCCCCCUCCGAGGCUACCAAUGGGCAGACUGGGGGUCUCCGAGAGGGGGAUCCUGCUGAACCAUGA